ACGCGCCCAGCGGGUGCGCCCGGGAGGGGCCUCGCAGAUAGAAGAGCCAAAGCUCAGAGUGAGAGGAGCCUGGCCUGAGGACACAGAAGUGACAGAGGCCAUGGUGAGCGAGUCCCCGGGACCCGGCGCCCGCGUGCCCUGGCGGCGGAGCGACGAGGCGCUGCGCGUGAACGUGGGCGGCGUGCGGCGGCGGCUGAGCGCACGCGCACUGGCGCGCUUCCCUGGCACGCGGCUGGGCCGCCUGCAGGCGGCGGCGUCCGAGGAGCAGGCGCGGCGCCUGUGCGACGACUACGACGCGGCGGCGCGCGAGUUCUACUUCGACCGGCACCCGGGCUUCUUUCUGGGCCUCCUGCACUUCUACCGCACCGGCCGCCUGCACGUGCUUGACGAGCUGUGCGUCUUCGCCUUCGGGCAGGAGGCCGACUACUGGGGCCUGGGCGAGAGCGCGCUGGCCGCCUGCUGUCGCGCGCGCUACCUGGAGCGGCGCGUGGCGCGGCCGCGCGACUGGGACGAGGACAGCGACACGCCGAGCAGCGUGGACCCGUGCCCCGACGAGAUCUCCGACGUGCAGCGCGAGCUGGCGCGCUAUGGGGCCGCGCGCUGCGGCCGCCUGCGCCGGCGCCUGUGGCUCACCAUGGAGAACCCCGGCUACUCCCUGCCCAGCAAGCUCUUCAGCUGCGUCUCCAUCGGCGUGGUGCUGGCCUCCAUCGCCGCCAUGUGCAUCCACAGCCUGCCCGAGUACCAGGCUCGCGAGGCGGCGGCCGCUGUGGCCGCGGUGGCCGCGGGUCGCAGCCCGGACGGCGUGCGCGACGACCCGGUGCUGCGGCACCUCGAGUACUUCUGCAUCGCCUGGUUCAGCUUCGAGGUGUCGUCGCGGCUGCUGCUGGCGCCCAGCACGCGCAACUUCUUCUGCCACCCGCUCAACCUCAUUGACAUCGUGUCGGUGCUGCCCUUCUAUCUCACGCUGCUGGCCGGCGUGGCACUCGGCAACCGGCGCGGCGCGAGCGGCGAGGACCUCGGUGACCUGGGCAAGGUGGUGCAGGUGUUCCGCCUCAUGCGCAUCUUCCGCGUGCUCAAGCUGGCGCGCCACUCCACGGGGCUGCGCUCGCUGGGCGCCACGCUCAAGCACAGCUACCGCGAGGUGGGCAUCUUACUGCUGUAUCUGGCCGUGGGGGUGUCCGUGUUCUCCGGUGUGGCCUACACAGCUGAGAAGGAGGAGGACGUAGGCUUUGACACCAUCCCCGCCUGCUGGUGGUGGGGCACGGUGAGCAUGACCACCGUGGGCUACGGGGACGUGGUUCCCGUGACGGUGGCUGGCAAGCUGGCGGCCUCAGGCUGCAUCCUGGGGGGCAUCCUGGUGGUGGCGCUCCCCAUCACCAUCAUCUUUAACAAGUUCUCUCACUUCUACCGCCGCCAGAAGGCUCUGGAGGCCGCCGUGCGCAACAGCGACCCCCGGGAGUUUGAGGACUUGCAGAGCAGUGUUGACGGGGUGUCUGAGGUGUCUCUGGAGACGUCCCGUGAGACCUCCCAGGAGGGAAGGUCUACAGACCUGGAGGCCCAGGCCCCCCGUGGGCCUCCAGACUCUCAGGUUUGCUAAAGCCAAGGCUUAGUGUCCCCCUUCCCACACCCUACAGUAAGCUGAACCAGCAGUGAUCCCUCCCUGCUUAUGGCAUCCAUGGCGGCCUGAUGGCUCAGGGCUGCUCACCCACCAUGAGGAAUGAGUCCCAGAAGCCAGCUCCGUUCCUCCCAAAGUCCCGGGCCAGGAUAGUGUUGACCUGUGUUCUUGAGCCUGGAGAACAGCCCAGAGAGCCCCAUGCCUGGAUCUCCCAGCUCCCCGUGAAGCAGGCAUGCGCCAAAGAGAAAGCUGGAAGGCUGCUGACGGUUCCUGAGCACCUACCGCCCGUCGGCCCUAGCCUACUUGGCCCCGUGUCGGAGAAUGACGAAACUGACGCCCAGCCAGGUGUCAGGACUUGCCCAAGUGUCACCGAACUAGUGGUGGU